UUUCAAAUGGUCGUCUGAAUAGGACAGAGAGAAACAGUUUGGAUCGGUUACCGGAGAUACUAGGUAUAAAUCGUCAGUUUACAGCUGUCGCCAUGAGCGCAUUCAGCACCCCGACAUCCCGUCAACGGCAGUGGUCCUCCCCAGCAGUGGGACACAAAGCGGCUCUUUCGGCCACUAGCACACCACUCUUGGACAAUAUUCAGGGAAACGACGACGCACAGGAGAGAAGACAAAGACGCAGGUCCAAAGUAAUUGACCUUCAUGGUGUGAACGAUUCUUCCAUUAACGAGGCCGGUAGCCACAGUUCUUCAGCCACCCCUGCCGCAGUUCCUAAACUGUCAUCUGCACAGAUAUCUGAACAUUACUCAACCUGCAUCAAGCUCUCCACUGAAAAUAAAAUUACCACAAAGAAUGCAUUUGGCCUGCACCUCAUUGAUUACAUGGCAGACAUUCUCAAGCAGAAAGACUCCGAGCUCAACUUCAAGGUGGCAGCAGGCACCCUGGACGCAAGCACAAAAAUCUAUGCGGUGAGGGUGGAUGCAGUUCACGCUGAUGCUUACAGAGUUCUGGGAGGCUUGGGUUCAGAGACCAAACCAAAAGAGAGUCAAAAUGGUGAUGAGGAAGGAGAACUAGCAGAGGGCAGUCAGGGAGAGCAGGUGGCUGCAAAGCAAACUACUAAGAAAAGACCUCCAAAGAAGACAGUGGAGCAGAACCUCAGUAACAUCAAUCUCUCUGAAUCCGAGAUGAAGUGUGAGGUGGACCCCAUGUUCCAGCGCAUGGCUGCUUCCUUUGAUGAGAACAGUACAGCAGGAGUGUUCCUUUCCGUGCUGCUCAUUGAGGACAGUCACUGUGAGCUGCGCUUUCCUUCACAUAUGACCUUGCUGAAGUCACAGCCUCCUCCUGUACAGAUCUCUCCUCAGCACGUUCCUGCCUCACCAUUUACAGGUCAUCUGAAGACAUUGAAAGACAAGCCAAUCUGUCCAUCCUUAGAGGAUUUCUCUUUCACAAGAUGGACUCCUGAGCAGACCACACAUCUCAACCAGCUGCUUGAGAAGAUGAAGCAGGGAGACCAUGCAUUCGAUGUCAAUGCAGACAUUGAACCAGAUGUUGAUGAUGGUCCAGGCUUUGGGGAUCAUUUUGAUGCAGAUGUGGAUGAAGGCAGGCCAGACUGUGAGGAGUACAAGGAACAAAGGGAAGCUUGUUCAAAGAGCCCUGAGAGAGGACGAGGUGUUAUUCCUAUUGGCAAGGUGGAUAUUGCCACCAUGUGUCUGCAGUUGUCUGAUCAGCCCAGAGAGUACUCGUACUUCAGUCCCAGGACCAUGGCCACCUGGGUCGGACCUGGCUACUGGCUCUUCAAACCUGGACAUAAACAGGAUCACAAACCAGACAAAGAACUCCGGAAGCGGGUACCAAAGAAUCCCCUGGUUAUUGAUUUUAAAGAAGAUAUCCACUUUCAUAAUUACUUUAAGACAACUAGAGCAGCAACUACUAUUAGUAAAUCUGCUCUAAAUAGUACCAAUAAGAAAACCACACUUCCAGCAGACUUCCAUUAUCCACCCAGUAACCUAUCACAACUCAGCCUCAAACCCUCUAACACACUCAAUGCAAAGGGCAAGAAGAGAUUAUCAGGAGAACUGGGUGAGGAAAUAGGAGAGUACGACUACAACAAUGCCAAUGACACAGCCAACUUCUGUCCUGGUUUUCAGGAGGGAGACAGUGAAGAUGCUGAUGGCUUUGCAGGAUCCGAUGACUCUCAGACAGACAGACCAUACCCUUUCUCUCUUGACACAGAUGGCAUCUCUACAUAUGGAGAGGACUUUCUUGUUCCUGAGCCUCACAAGGUUAAUACCAUUGAGAUAAACUAUGCCAAAAUGGCUAAAAAGAUGGACAUGAAGAAGCUGAAGACCACUAUGUGGAGUCUUUUAACAGAAAGUCCAGAAAACCCAGCCAAGGAGGUGGCGAGUGAGGAGACAACAGAAGUACCUAGUGAAAAAUCGUUCAGCCAUUCUGUCAGAAAUCUUGUACAAAGGCUUCCCUCCACAAUGGCUACCAAUCUCUCAGUACCCUUGGCCUUUGUUGCUCUUCUGCACCUGGCCAAUGAGAAAAACUUGGAGCUGCACAAGAUUGACGGCAUGACCGAUAUCAUUAUAAAACAAGGCCACUGAAAACUGAUACAAUCAUUUCUACAAAAAUAUCUUAUUUGUAUUAAAAAAAUAAAUAAAAUAUAUAUAUAUAUAUAUAUUCUCAAUGAGCUGUAAAUUACUUGUGUAAGACCUAACAAUUUUCAAGAUCAUGUUAAAAAUGUUGUACUUAGAUUUUCGGUGUAACUAUAAAAGAUGUUGAAAGCUUGUACCAGGAAAAUACAUAUUUACAAAUAAUAUGAAAAUACACAUUUUUACUGCAGGGUUAUGGUUUUCUUUAGAAAUGACCCUGUUUUGGUAACAUCUUUUAGCAACUGUGGUUGUUUCUCUAUCCUGAAAAAAAGUCAACAUGAAAU